GAAUGCUCAGAAAUCGAACCGAAUACUGCAAUAACUUGGCAAUGUUGCGACUAUGGGUGGAAUCAGAUUCCUACAAAUGAUGCGCCAUACUGGGCGGCCCCGGACUGCUCUUACGGCUUUGGGAUCACCCCGAAACAUCGGUACAACGGCGUCUGUCCAGACAACCGACCCGGAAACUGCUGUUGCUGCUACGCAAGUGGACUCGGACGCAACAGAAUUGCGUUUCCCGCGUAGUGUCCAAGCUCUCUACCUCAAGCCUUUGCGACGCGAAGCCGAGUAUGGCAUCCCUUCGUGCGACCUACAGUUGCGCUCGUACAGCUUGCGAAAUGUGGAAUUUUUCUCGGAUUUUGCUCUACGUGCGGCUUAUUAUCUGAAGCUUCCUGCCUUCGGUCCGAUAUCGCUGCCUCGGAUCACCGAAAGAUGGACGGUACCAAGAAGCAGCUUCAUCUUUAAGAAAUCGCAAGAGAACUUCGAAAGAAUAACAGUCCGCCGUCUGAUCCAAAUCCGGGAUGGGAAUCCCGAGACAGUCCAGCUAUGGCUUGCCUUUCUUCAGAAGCAUGCCUACUAUGGCAUCGGAAUGAAGGCAAAUGUUUGGGAGUUCAGUUCGAUGGGUGUCGGCAAAUCGAUUAUGGUCACUACUGAAGCUACUUCAUCAAGCCUCACGCCGACAUGGAAGCACCUGGUCCAGCACAAGUCAUUAGGCACAAUGGAGAAGGUUGAGGAGCUAUUGAGGAGCCAGAGGUUCAGCGCUGCAAGAGACGACCGGAAGUAGGUGUUUAUUGUAUGUAGAGCACUGGGGAAAUGCGCCUGGGACUCUGCCCGAGCGUUCUCAGGGAGCUUAAUUGGGAGCCGUGGAACGGGCAUCAUUUCGUCUCAGACCAAGGUACCCAUGUUCCCACAUCACUAUCAGAUGCACUCAGUGGCCGAAAGGUCCGUGUUGAACAGACCGUAGUUUUUACGGUUACGUAAAGGACACGGACUUGACCGAAAGAUUAUAACCUCGGUAGUCCUGGCGAACGGACAUCUGCAGAAUUUUUACUAUAUACAAAACGGUAGCAGCAGUUCCCUAACAGUCCUGCAGGGGAGAAGUAUAUGAUCCCCUUGAUUAAAUUUACCCUUUCAUUUUAAC